AAUUUCCUCAUAUUUGCGAAUAUCGACCGUCCAACGUCAAGCCGACUUUAUGCCAGUUCUGUACAAUGUUUUUUUCUUUGACUAUUUAUUGUUUAUUUCUGACCUUUCCCUGGUCUCCCUACCCGAAGGUUUUCCUGACUCGCCCAUGACUCUUAUAUGAAUUUUCAUCAACCGUCCGAUUUUAAUGAUGUACACAGGAUAACUGACAAAGACACAAAAUUACUGAUCCCGCCUACAUAAUAAAAUAACGAAAAUUAUAAUAUUCCUGUAAGAAAAAUUUAAUUUUCUACGUCAAAUAUUAGCCAAGGACAUCAUUGUGUGCCCUUGACCACAUUCGGAGCUCCUCCUACUCAGGGAGACCCUUGUUUUGGCGUCAUCACAAUGAUUGGGGAGAAGAGAAAUCGUCUUUUAUGGUUGGAGGCAAAUGUUGUGAUUGAUCGGGGUUUAUCCAGUUUUCCACCAAUAGUAACUAACUGUCUUAAACUGUGUUUCAUUGUGGUUAUUUCCUGGAAUAUGUUUCACUUGGUGUUUUUCUGUGGUAGAGCGGAAUAAAAUACCCAUGUAUGUUAGUCUGUGCGGUAAAGGAAAUACAUCCUCAUGGAGUUUUGACGAAGGCCAACAAAGACGGUUGAUUUGAUGGGCCCAUAGAGAAACGAGUCAAGAUUUUAGAUGGAUUUGAACCUUAAAAUCGAGUUAAUUAAUAACAAUUAUCUCCAUUGUCAAGCUGGGACUUAAAAUGGCCAACCAACAACCAUCCAAUCUCACUCUCGCAUGGGAGAAAUAUAUGGACUGUCGUACACAGGGAGCAGAUCUACGUGUCAGUCUGCAAUCCUUGGAGAAAUUCUUGCUUUUGUUCCACUCUGUGCAACACCUUGGGGAGCCUGGGGUGAAGGAUGCACUGAAAUUCUGCUCAGACAUGAGUGGUGCCAGUAACACACUGGCUAGGGAAUUUCUGACAGAUGUUCACCAGCUCUGUAGUGUGGUGGCUCAACGAACAGAGGCCCCCAGUGAGGAGGAAGAGGAGGAGGGUCACAUGGUGGCUCUGGGAGAGUACCUGGCUCAAGGCCGUGGCUUCCUGCUGCUAAGCACCCUGGAUGCUGUCCUUGAUCAGGAACUGACAUGUCGGGAAGAGCUGCUCACACUCUUGUUAUCGCUGCUACCACUAGUGUGGAAGAUUCCUGUCCGAGAAGAAAAGUUCCCUGAUUUCACCCUGCCCCCACUCCUGGAAAUGCAUCAUUGUCGAGAGGAAAAAGCUGCCACUCUGAAUGUGGGAAAGCAGAAAAUUUAUGAUGCACAGAACUCUGGAAAGCACUUCUCUCACAAUUGGAAGUCACGGCAUAUAAGAAGGACUGCUCAGAGAAAUUCAGUGAGCAAUGUGUACAAAUCUCAGAUAUCCACGUCUGAUUCUGAAUCAAAUUCGGAUGAAAAAGCAGCAAACACAUGGUCCAAGCAUCGCAGGUUUCCCGGUUCAUCUAGUCGUACUAGUCACCAGCACCACCAGUUAGUUAUUCUUCUGCAGCAGCCAUUGCAGUAUCCUUGUGUGUAUGGCAUGAGCAGUUUUACAAGGUCCAGGUCUUACACGAGGCACUUUGAAUCACUGCCACCCAAUACUGAAAUGCUAACUGACCCUACAGCCUUUUCUAUUUUGAAUGGUAUUUCAAAUUCACCAUUUGACCUCUGUCAAGUUUUAUUGUCCUUACUGGAGAAAAUAUGUAAAUUUGACAUGACUAUCAAUCACAACCCCUGCUUAACUGUUACUGUUGUUCCCAAGCUCACUGAAAUUCUGACAGAGUUCUAUGACUGCUGUGGACCGGGAGGGGGAAGUGGUCGGGAAGGGGUUGAUGAACUAGCUGCAGGCUGGGCCAAGGAGCCAGUUGCCCUUGUUCAAAGAAUGCUACUGCGCACCAUCCUGCAUUUAAUGUCUGUAGAUAUGGGUCAGAGUGAAGUAUUAUCCAAGAAUUUGCGGCAAAGCCUAAGUGAUCUGCUCAGAGCCAUCCUGAAGAUUCGCACCUGCCUUGAUAGGCAAGCCAUCAAGGCAGGUGUGAAUGUAUUUGCUCCUCAAACCAAAAAGACUCUACAAGAGGUGCAAGAAGACUUUUCUUUUUCUAGUUACCAUCACCAAGCGCUACUGCUGCCAGAACUUCUUGAGGGUGUCCUUCAAUUUUUGCUUGGCUGCUUAGAAGCCUCUGCCCCAAAUCCUUUCUUUUUCGGUCAGGCUCUUGAACUAAUUCAUGAGUUUGUUCAGCACCAUGGCCUUGAACUGUUUGAGGAAACUUGCCUUCAUCUUGAAGCCUUUGGUAAUACUUGUGAUUCUGUGAUGAGUGGUGAAGUCUUGGAACGAUUGCAUGGCAUUAUUUCUGGUGUCCUUAAGAUAAUCAGUGUAGUGAAGAGGGCCAAAUCAGAACAACUACACGAGUCAUCAUGUGCACGGCGCCGUCACAGACGCUGUGAAUAUUCCCAAUUGCUGCACCAUCACCAUGACAUCUCAGGACUGCCUGUCACUGCCUUCAAGCAGGCAACUCAACACAACCUUGAGGAGAAAACUGAGGGUAAUGAUUGGCAAGUGUGCUACCCUGAACAUUGUUGCAUUCUGGCUGUCUGUGCUCACCAGUGUCUGCGACUACUCCAACGUCUCUCACCCUCUGGCUCUGCCGUGCUACAGGUGCUGGCUGGAGUGCAAGCUGUUGGUAUUUGUUGCUGUAUGGAACCACAUUCAGUGGUGACUCCUCUGCUUCAAGUAUUUCAAGCCCCAGGGCUGUGUAGCUAUCAGUCCUAUAUUCUCAAUGUACUUAGUAGGCUUGUGCUGGAACAGCUGGGAGGGGAACAACCCUCAGAGAAGGCAAAAUGUACCUCUUGCGAAAUCUGUAUUUUGAACAGCAGCCAGAAACUUGGUAUUGAAAAGACAUUGCAAGACUGUGGGCUGGGAAAGGAGAUGGCCUCCUCCACGUCUCCCUGCUCCUCCUUUCAAUCACAAGUUGUUCUACCAAGUACAGUGUCUGAAGACAUGCUUUGGAAAUGGGAUGCUUUAAAAGCUUAUCAGGAAAUAGUCUUUGGUAAAGAUUGGCAGUUGAGUAAGCAGAUUGCCAGUCAUGUAUGCCAACUGACCUUAAAGGGAAAUGCAGUGAUACAGUGGAAACUGUACACUUACAUUUUUUAUCCUAUGCUUCAGAGAGGUGUGGAGCUAGCCCACCAUGCUCAAAAAUUAGGUGUGUCCAAGAUAUGCAGUCAGGUCUGUAGCUGUCAUACCCACUGCCUCCCUGUGGAAGUGCUGCUUGUUUAUCUUCAGGCGCUGCCCUGCUUACUCAAGUCAAGCAAAGUGGUGCGUGACAUGUUCCUAAGCAGUACUGGGCUGAUACAGGUGACUGAGUUGAUCUAUCUGGACUCCACUCGGCCUUCGGCACUUAAGGUGUUUGAGACAUUGAUUUUAAGUGGCUCUGAUCAUCAGACAGAUGCUGCACUGCAUGGGCUGGGUAAAGCAGAACACCAAGAGUCUCAAGGGACAGGUGAUGGUCCACAGAGUUUCAGUAAAUUCUAUGAGGAUCUAAAAGAGGCAUGUCUAAAUUGGAGGGACAGAAGCAGUAUGAGUGCAGGAAUCAGAUGGAACCAUGGAGGAGCAUAUUUGAACAUUGUUAAUCUUUUUUUGUGUGUGGCCUUCCUAUGUGUAAGCAAGGAGGCUGACUGCAGUAGGGACUCUGCUAAUGACUUUGAGGACACCUCAGGCUAUGACAAUACAGCCAGUGAACCCCUGGGUGGGCGCUUACCUUUCCUCUUACCAGAUAGUGUGGCACUGCCAUCAAAGGAGCAGGUAAAGCGAGCAGCAGAUGUGUGGUCUGUAUGCCACUUGGUAUAUCUGGAGAGUCCAGUGUUCCAGAGACAGCUCUUCAGAUUAGGUGGCCUGAAUGUGUGCUGUCGCCUUAUGACUAUGGUCCUUCAGAAUCUUACCUUGAAAACCGAAGAAGUCAAGUCUAAUGAAAAGAGGGACAGCAAGGGCAACACAAGCCCACCACACUCAGACUCUUCAGCCCUAGCACCAGUACAGACUGCUCUGGAGGACAUACUAGUUGGAACACAUGAAACACAACAGCUAGAUCUUAAUAAUUCCGUGAGUCCUGGUCAUAUGGAGGUAAAGACCAAGGUUCCAGCAUACAAGCUGGAAGAAGAGUGGCCUUUACAGUGUAUACGCCUGCUGGAAGCACUUCUACCCAUCUGUCUUCACAGUUCCAAGUGUGUGCUCCAGAAAGCUGAAUCCAACAUCUCAUUCCAGUCUGUAGAGGACACACUGUGUGAGGUGAAGGAUCAGCUGUCUCUCUCUGGUGUGGUGAACUCUGACCUGGCUGUGCCUCUGUUUGACUGCCUGUUGCGUGUUGCACUGGCUCAAGUGCCUGCCCCAGCCACUGCCAUUGUGGAGAAACCUGAAAGGUUUCAAGCCAGUUGUGAGGCCUCGGCUGCAGCUGGGAAUCUGUCUGAUGAAGUGGAAGAAGUUCAGGUGUGUGAUGAUCAAGCGCUGGGUGAGGAGAAAGGCUACGAGGCUGAUAGUGAAAGCAACCCGGAGGAUUCUGCACAGCUGGAGGAAGGUGUGAAGAUGGAAGUGUUUACCUCAGUAGAGGAAUGUUUGCUUGGAUCUGCUGCUAUAUCACAUGGCUUUGGACAAGUCUUGUUGCUCUUCCCACAAAUAUGCCUUAUGGAGUUGCAGCUGCUGGCCAAUAAUUCUCCAGACCUAGAUGUGCUAUGUCACGUACUGCAAAGCCUUCUGGGAGCUGUGAAGAUGCACCGUUCCAAUGCUACAAUGAUUUACCAACAGGGUGGUGCAAAAACCAUUCUGACUGGCUUUGCGAACAUUCUCAGUCAGUCAAAUCCCUGCUUUAAAGAGUGCCAGACCUUGCUAGUGGAAUUGCUGGUUUCAAUGGUGAAAGACAGGAUAACAGCAGAGGAAGUGGCCCUGUUGAUCCAUCUCUUCUUGGAGAAGACUCCGCCUACUGUGAUUCUGCUGAAUGGCAUUCUCCAGAUGGUGGAGGCUAACACCGAAAUGGAGCCACUAUAUUACUUGUCUUUUCCCAUGUCCCUGUGCACCAGUGCCUCCAACAGAACCACCAAUGGAGGGGUUGGCAUUAGGGCAGCAGUGGAUACUCUUUGGAGGGGCAAGCUUGGCGCAGGCAAGGGGGAAGGUGAGAGUCAUGCCCCGCAUUGUCAGGCUUCCCCUUGGCACAUUGCUCCUCUUCACCUGCCUCUGGUUGGGCAAAACUGCUGGCCACACAUGGCCAGUGGCUUUAGUGCCUCGCUCUGGAUCCGACCUGUGAAGAACAAUGAUGAGGAGUGGCCUACACAAGGAGGCAAAACUGAAGGCAAAACACCCCAAGUGCAAACAAGAACUGAAUACAGCUGCAGUAAAGGUCUGGGAGAGCAUCACCAGGGAAGAAACCCAGUGUCUGCUGAGAUUAUACGGGGUGGUGGAGUCCAGCAAGGAGAAAAAGACCUCCUUCAUGUUCUUUCCAUUGGCUCGAAAGCCCUAAUGCUGCAAGUGUGGGCUGACAUUUCUUCAGGAGCCUGCACCUUCAGGAUCAGCAUCGAUCCUAAUGAUGAAAUGAAGGCUGGUCUGCUGGCCCAGGCCGAGUCUUUGCAUGGUGUACUGAGUGUAGGCCGGUGGCAGCACCUUGCUCUCACUUAUACACAGCAGCCUGAGGGCAAGAAGAACAUCCGUGGUCGGUUGGCACUCUGGGUGUGUGGCAUCAAAAAAUGUGAGGUCUCACUAGACUACACCCUCCCCAGGAAGUCCAGUCUGUCAUCUGAUAGUAGCAAGACCUUUUGCAUGCUGGGCCAUUUCCUGAACAGCUCAGAAGUGUUGCCACAAACCUUGACUUCCCAUUUGGAUAUGGGCAGUGUGCUUUUGUUUAAUGGCUCCAGAAUACGCACUGAUGAGGCCUUUUAUCUGUACACAAAUGGUCCUGACUUUACCUCUAUAAUGCCAUGCAAGUAUGGAAAGCCCAGUGGGACAUUCUCCAAGUACAUUACUCAGGAAGGGCUUCAGUGUGAGCAAGUUCGGGAGCUGCUGAUGAGGAAUUCUGAAAUAGACACUUCAUUUAUUAUUGAUAGCCUAGCUGUUGUCUACUCUCCCAGCAAUCCUUCCAUCUACACCAUCUAUGAGCCAGUGAUCCGCCUGAAAGGUCAGGUCAAGGCUCCUGUAGCAUUCCAGAGGCCCUUCAGUGCUAAAGAAUUGCAGAGCUCUGUGCUGGAGCCUCUGUCACUCAGGCGCUUGCAGGCUUUGCAGCCCCUUGGACUCCACAGCUGUCUGCAUAAGAUCGGUGGCACUGGUGCAUUCAUCUUUCUCUUUGCUCGGGCAGUGGAGCUAAGUGAUUGUGAGAAGACUCAAGCAUUGGCACUGCAGGUUUUGCUGUCACUUGUUAAGCACAAUCAGCAACGCAUGCAUGAGAUGGAGUGUUGCCACGGGUACUCCAUGGUCCACCAAGUCCUCAUGAAGACCAAAUGCAUUGUGGGAUAUCAUAUUCUUAAGGCUCUGUUGGAUGGCUGCUGCAGUGGCUCUAUCCUGAUGGUAAAGGACGACAAUCAGUGGCAUGUGGACACAGAGUCCACUAUUGUGGUACAAGACCUGAGGCUGCUCUCUGAAAUACUACUGGACUGGAAGAUAUGGGCCAAAGCUCAGAGUGGAGUGUGGGAGACUCUUUUAGCUGCUCUAGAGAUUCUUAUCAGAGAGCACCACCCUCAGCAGGCAUUCAAUAUUCAGCAACUGCUCAAAGCCCAAGUGGUACACCGGUUCCUGCUAACCUGCCAAGUGCUCCAGGAGAAUCAGGAUGACCACCUUACCUCUGUUCCACACGGAGUGUGCCUCUCCUUCAUUAAAAUCAUUCAGGAAGUACUUGGUUCACCCCCUGACCUGGACCUGCUGUGUUUGCUCUACAACUUCCUGCUGGCUGUGCACCCACCUACUAACACCUAUGUGUGUCACACGCCAUCCAGCUUUUACUUCUUUCUACAUAUUGAUGGUAAGCUGUAUCAGGAGAAGGUCCAGUCCAUGAUGUGUCUGCGACAGUCCAGCAACGAAGGGAAGUCCACCUGCAGCUCUGUGCUCUCGCUCUCCCCAGCUCCAAUCACUGAGAUACAAACUGAAGAUCCUGAAGGUGAUGUUCACACCCCAAACAUCUUUACUCCUUCUCCUUACUCUUCUUCGGCCCUCCCAGACUGUAAAGCAUCUUCCAGGCCCCGUGAACUAGAUGAGGCUGACUCUCUGAUUCCACAGCAUGUACUUGACAGCACAGAAAUGCUGAAAGGUGGAGAGGAGCAGCUCCUAAACAGCUGUGAAUCAGCCAAGACAAUCUGUGUUUCUCAGGAUGUAGUUGAUGAGGUACCUCACACAUCCACCAUCAGCAUGGGAGAAGAACAGGAAGCUGAAACAGAGCAUGCAGGCAGUGUCAGCACUGAUUCAGUUGGAGAAGAAGCUCUGCGAAGGCCUGACAGUCUAAAAGGCAUCCAGUCUUUUCCAAGGAGCCACAGCGACCUUGCCAGUCUAGGUCUGGCAUUUCCAGCACAGAACAGUUCUAUGGCCGUUGCUCGCUGGCCCAGCAUAACUGAUCGCACUGCCCCUGAUGAUGAUGUGGAGAGCUAUACAUACUCUCCUGGCUAUGACCGAACACACAGCAAGGCCAGUGACAGGUCUGGUACGGAAGACUGUGUGGUUCUAAUCUGCUGUGGACUUUAUGAUCUUCUAAGAGGUAUCCUGCUACUGCUGCCGGAUCUCAUGCUGGAGGAAGUGAUGGACAAACUGAUCCAGCCUGAAGCCCUUGUCGUCUUGGUUAACCACCCAUCUCCUCUCAUUCAGCAAGGGGUUAUAAAACUUCUGGAUGCAUAUUUUAGCCGAGCCCAAAAGGAACAGAAAGAGAAGUUCAUAAGGAACCAUGGCUUUUCUCUGCUGGCCAACCAGUUGUAUCUGCACCAGGGCACUCAGGGCGUGUUGGAGUGUUUUCUGGGAAUGUUGUACGGUCGGACUGUAAGCUUAGAGGAGGACCUUGACCUAGAGGACAUGGAAAGCGUUUCUCCAUUCAGAAAGCGAUCUGUGGUGCCCAUACUGGGGCUUUUGGAAAACUCUUUGUAUGAUAACUCGCUGGUCCACAAUGCCUUGUACGUGCUACUGCAGCUGCUGAAUGCUUGCCCGAAACUGGCUGAUAUACUGCUGGACCAUGGCCUCCUCUAUGUACUCAUCAACACCCUGUCCACUCUCAAUGGCCUAGAGAAUGGGAUUCCUCAAAAUGACUUCAGACUUCUUGUAUGUGACAUACAGCAGCUGCUGGUGGCAGUAACCAUCCACGCCUGCAGUUCAUCUGGCUACCAGUAUUUUCGCAUCAUUGAGGAUCUCAUCACUUUGCUGGGUUUUAUGCAGGGCAGCAAAGUAUAUCGCACUCAGGAAAUGGCUAGGGCCUUGCAGUUCCGUGUCCUCCUAUCAGCCAUUGACUUCAUUAAGACAACGGCCAAUCAGGACCCUCGGAAGUUGAGCACCUCUGUCCACACUUCUGUCUCCCUGCAGCACACUGUCCAUCAGAAACGCAAAAGCAUUGCAGGCCAGCAGAAAUUCUCCUUAGUACAAUCAGAUUCAUUGCUGAUGCGGAUGCGCUCUGUGGCCAAUGAUGAGCUUACCCAAAUGAUGCAACGGCGAAUGAGUCAGGAAAACCCCAUCAGAGCCUGUGAGACCGAGUUUAUUCAGAGGCUGCAGAGACUUGUGGUGCUGGCUGUCAACAGAAUAAUAUACUAUGACAACAGUAAGGAUUUCCUUGACCUACUAAACUUUCCAGAGUCUCCUGAUCACACAGUGAGCACACCCUUACAUGCUGAGCAAAUAUCACAGGAAAACAGCAUCACACAUCCUGCUCCUUUCCCACUCGCUGAUAUGAGAUGUUUCCAGAAAGAUCUUCUCAAGCUCAUGAUGGAGGGCCUAAAAAUCGGGCUGGGCAGUACUGGACAAAGUGGAGCACCACGACAGCAAUGGUGUCGCAUCCUCUGGUCCUGCAGGGACACGUUCCGGAUUCAGAUUGGUCGGCUUCUGGUGCACACACUCAGUCCUGCACUUCAUCUAGAGGACAGGAAGAAAGCACUAGAGUUUGUCUGUGAGCAAAAUCAUCCUGACAUCCUCAGAGAAAGUCUCAGUCCUGGACUUGAGCAUGGACCCAAGCUGGCUCUAUACCUGUAUGAGAUGCUUCAUGACCACAAAGAGAGACUCACUAAGGAAGAACAGGCAGCUGCUAACACCUUCAUGACAUCGCUGAAGCUGUGUGGCCAUCGCUGCAUCCCUCCAACUGCACCACCCAAACCAGACCUACUCAAGGCCAUCAGAGAGGAGCAACUCAAAUAUGAGUCAGAGGCAAGAACAAGCAAAGAUGCAUGGGAAAAAAAACUAGCCAGUGCCCAAAAGAUUCUAAUGCAGAGACUGGAUGGUAAGUCAAAGGACAUCUCCAAGAUUGCAGCAGACAUCACUCAGAACAUGUCUCUUAGACAAGGUAUCGAAAGGAAGAAGGUGAUUCAGCACAUCCGGAGCCUUUACAAGACUGACCUGAGUGCCAGCCGCCAUUGGCAAGAGCUGGUGCAGCAACUCUCCCAUGAUCGUGCAGUGUGGUAUGACCAGUCGUCUUACCCAACAUCAUGGCAGCUGGAUCCCACCGAGGGCCCCAACAGGGAGCGCAGGCGUCUUCAGCGAUGCUACCUCACCAUCCCUAAUAAAUAUCUUCUAAAGGACCGCUGCAAACCAGAGGACCCUAUCAAGGCCCCACUUGCUUUCCUCUUUGAAGAGAAGACCCACUCAUCUUAUUCUUCAACCGUGAAGGAUAAAGCCACUAGUGAGCCCAUCAGAUUCACAAGGAAGUGUAUGAAUGUAGCGCCCUCAAGAGAAACUGCAGGAGAAUUGUUGCUGGGGAAAUCAGGGAUGUACUUUGUGGAGGACAAUGUGUCUGAAGCCAGCAAUAGCCAGCAGGUUCCUCAGGGAGAGACGGAGCCUGCAUCCUUCUGCUGGACUUAUGAGGAGAUAAAAGAGGUGCACAAACGCUGGUGGCAGCUCAGAGACAAUGCUGUGGAGAUCUUCCUCACAAAUGGCCGAACUCUGCUUCUGGCAUUUGACAAUACAAAGGUUCGUGAUAACGUCUACCACAACAUCCUUACUUCUGAACUGCCCAACCUGCUAGAAUAUGAUAAUAUAAAUGCCCUCACACACCUGUGGGGCUCUAGCCAGAUCACCAAUUUUGAGUAUCUUACCCAUCUCAAUAAGCAUGCAGGGCGCUCUUUUAACGACUUAAUGCAGUAUCCAGUCUUCCCCUUCAUCCUGAGUGACUACACCAGUGAGAUGCUGGACCUGCAAGACUCAUCUAUUUACAGAAACCUGAGCAAACCUAUUGCAGUGCAGUCAAAAGAGAAAGAGGACCGAUAUGUAGACAACUACAGGUAUUUGGAGGAGGAAUAUAAGAAGGGUGCACGUGAGGAUGACCCCAUGCCCCCUGUACAACCGUACCACUAUGGUUCCCAUUACUCCAACAGUGGUACCGUUCUGCACUUCCUAGUCCGGAUGCCUCCCUUCACCAAAAUGUUCCUGGCCUAUCAAGACCAGAGCUUUGAUAUUCCUGACCGAACCUUCCACUCCAUGAAGACCACAUGGAGACUAUCCUCUUAUGAGUCCAUGACUGAUGUUAAGGAGCUGAUUCCAGAGUUUUUUUAUCUGCCAGAAUUCCUGGUCAACAGAGAAGGUUUUGACUUUGGGGUUCGGCAGAAUAGUGAGAGAGUGAACCAUGUGAAUCUGCCUCCAUGGGCGAGGAAUGACCCACGGCUCUUCGUGCUGAUCCACAGACAGGCUCUCGAGUCUGAGCAGGUGUCUCAGAUGCUCUGCCAGUGGAUCGACCUGGUGUUUGGACUGAAGCAGAAGGGCAAGGCUGCUAUCCAGGCCAUCAAUGUGUUUCACCCCGCGACAUAUUUUGGCAUGGACGUUUCAGCAGUAGAGGAUCCUGUACAGCGGCGAGCCUUAGAGACCAUGAUAAAGACCUAUGGCCAGACGCCCAGACAGCUAUUCCACACCUCACACAUCAGCCGUGCUGGACCCAAACUCAUAAUUGAGGGAGAGUUGCCCGCUGCCAUGGGCCUGCUGGUACAGCUGGCAUUCAGGGAGAGCCGUGAUCAGAACAAAGAUAUUGUACACCCGAGUCCUCUGCCAUGGAUUAAGGGCCUAAAAUGGGGUGAGUAUGUGGGCUCACCCAGUGCCCCUGACCCAGUGGUGUGUUUCAACCAACUUCAUGGAGAGUGCUUUGGCUCCCUGCUGGCACUACCCACCCGAGCCAUCUGCGGCCUCUCCUGCAAGUUCUGCCUUAUGAUGAUCUACAGCAAGGAGCAGGGUGUGAGAAGUAUGCACAGCACAGAUAUCCAGUGGUCUGCCAUUCUCAGCUGGGGCUACAGUGACAAUACGCUGCGGCUCAAGAGCAAGCAAAGUGAGCCGCCCAUCAAUUACAUCCAGUGCUCUCCGCUCCACCAGGUGACAAGCUGUGCCUGGGUGUCUGAUGGUUGUCAGCUGUUUACAGGCAGUAAAUGCGGAGUCAUCACCGCCUACAGCAACCGCUUUGUGGCCUCUGAGAUGGAAGUUGAGUCUCAGGUUCACUUGUACGGGCAUACAGAUGAGAUUACCGGUCUUUUUGUCUGCAAACCAUACAGUAUCCUGAUCAGCGUCAGCCGAGACGGAACCUGCAUCAUCUGGGAUCUCAAUCGCCUGUGCUAUGUGCAGAGUCUCACUGGCCACAAAAGCCCUGUGAAUGCUGUGUCAGCAAGCGAGACCACAGGAGACAUUGCUACUGUCUGUGACUCAGUGGGUGGAGGAAGUGACUUGAGACUGUGGACAGUAAAUGGUGAUCUAAUUGGUCAUGUCCACUGCCGAGAGAACAUCUGUUCUGUUGCGUUCUCCAAUCAGCCAGAGGGGGUGUCCGUUAAUGUGAUUGCGGGAGGCCUACAUAAUGGAGUCGUGAGGCUGUGGAGCACAUGGGACCUGAAGCCAGUGAGAGAAAUAACCUUUCCCAAGUCCAACAAGCCUAUAGUAAGUCUUACUUUCUCAUGUGAUGGACACCACCUGUACACAACAAACUGUGAGGGCACAGUGAUUGCUUGGUGUCGACGGGAUCAGCAGCGCAUGAAGCUGCCCAUGUUCUAUUCAUUCUUGAGCACCUAUGCUGCAGGCUGAAAGAGUGGCAACUACAUUCUUCUACAACCUUCAAAAACCUCUGCAAACCCCACUACCUUAGAAUGAUAAGAGGCUUGCAUGCACCAGACUUAAAGACUUAUCCCUCAAGGCUUGAAAAUCCUCCCUUUGGAGUGGCAUGUUUGCUAAAAGUGAAUGCACUGUAAGAAGAGUGUUAUGUAUCUGUUGAUGAAGAUAGGGGAACAUGUGUUUGUGGAAAAUAAUGAAGGCCUUGGACCACUGGUUCUUUCCUCAUGCUUUUUAGUAUAAUUCUGUUUCUUGUUUAUCAUGUAUGCAUCUUUUAUUUUAUUUGCUUUGUUUUUGGUUGUUGCAGUUUUAUUUGUAGUGUGUUUUCACUCCAUGUCAUACUUUGUGUAUUUUGUAGUGUUUUAUUUUGUAAUUUGACAAUCCUGGCUCUAUCUGAAUACCCAACAUCUAAGAGUCAUUUACCUUUGAAGCUAAAAUAAAUUUCUUUUUCCUAAAGCUCAUGUACUCGCACCAGCUGUACCAGCAGCCUUGGACUGUGUCUGUCUCCAAGUUACUGGAUGAAUUUACAGAUAGCAUACAGAAUCAUUAUUUUUCUGUAGUGCAGCAGAAAAAUUAAAAGCAGAAGGUGCAUACCUGUUACGGAAAAAAAGAGGGCCACCUUCAGGCACAGAAAAGAAUACCAGAGAUGGUAAUAGAGAAAUAUACUUCCUCUCUUUAAAAGUGGAGUCUGUGUGGUUUUCUGUUAUAAGGAGUCUUAUCGAGUCGAGUCUUAUUGAGUCUUAUACCAGUGAAGGAAAUAAGCAGUCUGUUCAUUGUAGCAUUUUGGGGAUCAUAUAGUAGCCAGACUGUUAAAGCUGGUGUGUUUUGAUAGUAUAAAAAUAGCAACAUAAAUGACAUAAAACAAUUGAAAUUACCUUUCUCUUGACUCUUGGAAGGAUUUGGGAGCCAUUUCUUACUAAGUAAUGAGCACAUUUUUAGUUUCUCAUAAAGGAAAAGUUAGCUGUCCAUUCCUCUUAAGAACCCUUACAGUUUUUGUUCCCUUGUUAUGCUACCCUUGGGCUGAAUUUCUAUGCCAUUCCUGUAUACUUCAACUUAGAAUAAAGGGGAUAAUUAUUGCCAUUUACAAUAUCUUUGACUUGUUUGCUUGUAAAUAUUUGAAUAUAAAUACCAAUACAUGUAUUUAAGAAUCUUUAAUAGCUUGUGGUAUGCUUUUGUCUGAUGAGUUGGAGCCUAUUGCGAGCUCAUUUCAGAAAUGCACUCUGAUUUGUGAUAAAGACCUACUUACCUUAAUCUGGGACUCAUCUGCUGCACUCACUGUAAUAAGUGUGGCCUUCAUAAAGAUCUCAGUCAAUUUAACUGGAUGGUGCAGUUCCAAAUCAAGCAUUUGGGAAGCCCAGUGAUGUCAACGGUGAUGUAAAACUAAGCAGCGAAGCCUCUUCAGCCUCCAUGCUCCAUGUGAGUAAAGAAAGCUCUUUUUACUCUUUUGAACAUUGGCAAUGGGAAGGGACUGUUAAAAGACAUUUAAUAAUCCUCCAAAGUAAAAUAUACCCCAAUCACAGACUGCAGGCUUUAGCAUCCUAUGUCAACCCGUUUCUUAGUCACAGUACUACCUACUCGGUGCAGCCAUUAGUGUGGUCCAGUUGUCUUGUGGUACUCCACACAUCUGUCAUCUUUCAGAUACCUGCCCAGCCAGCAUGGCUUGAUGUGUGCCAGCUGGUUUCCACAUGGUCAUGGGGUCUGAUAUAUGGGCUGUUACCGGGGCCCAGUUGGGCUACAGAGAAAACAAUAUGUAUGAGCUACAAGUGGGCAUCUCAGGAAGUCUACACAUAUUGGGCUCACUCGGGCCCUUAACGGGUUUGUUUCAGUACUCUGUCUUAGACUUAUUCGCUUCUCUUCAGUACUCCAGAAGUAGAUGAAUCUACUUUUAAUGUUAAUUAUAUCAC